GGGACCGUGGCCGAAGAAAUCUCUCGAGAGCGAAGGGGAGAGAGAGAGAGAGAGGGGAAGGACAGAGGGCGCUGCUGCUGUUGCUGUGACGAGGAAGAGGAAGAGAAAGAGCGAUAGAGAGAGAGAGAGGGAGAGUGAGAGAGAGAGAGAGCGUAAGGAAGGAAGAAAAGAAGCGAUCGCGUUGUAGUUCGGAGGGGAGUCACGAUGUUGGAACAGUUGUUGAUUUUCACGAGGGGUGGAUUGGUGCUGUGGACAUGCCAGGAGCUCGGCAACGCGUUGAAGGGAUCGCCGAUUGACGCCUUGAUUAGGUCCUGUCUGUUGGAGGAGCGAGCGGGUGAUUCCGCGUUCCAGUACGAUGUUUCUGGAGCGUCGUAUACCCUGAAGUGGACUUUUCACAACGAGCUCGGGCUCGUUUUUGUUGCGGUGUAUCAGCGCAUGCUUCAUUUACUGUAUGUGGACGAAUUGUUGAGUUUGGUGAAGAAGAAAUUCUCGGCUAUUUACAGCGAGGAUCGCACAUCCUACAGCCCUGAUUUUGAUGACACGUUUCGACAGCUCCUGAAGGAAGCUGAAGCGAGAGCCGAAGAGAUGAAAAGAAAUAAGCAAACGGCCAAUUUCGGUGUGGUGAAGAAAGGUGCUGCAGGAAAGAAGCUGUCCGAUCAGUCGCAAGUGAAAGGUAAAAAGUCCAGCGGUGCGAAGGUAAGUAGCGUUGGGGAUGAGGAUGAUGCAGACUCGAAUGGAACUUACAGGGUUGGCAAAGGCUCCGGUCAGGUCAAUGCAAACGGGAAGGGCCUGAGUAAUGGAAAAGCCAAUGGAGUUGCUAACGGGACUGCGAACGGACACCCAAGUGAAAGCAGCACCAGCAGCGACGAUGAUAUUGGCAAUAGGAAGGCAAGCGAGGUGGCCUUUGAUGUAAAUAAGUUGCAGAAAUUGAGGUUGAAAGGGAGCAGCAAAAAGGGGGUCUCUGAACCCCCUAAACCCUCUAAAGAAGAGGAAUCCAAGAAGAAGCCGAAGAAGAAUAGGGUUUGGGGAGACGCUCCUCCUCCCUCUAAACUAGACUAUACAAAUGGUUCGGAUCAACAACUGGAGGACAACGCCGCUGUGAAAAUCGAUCAUGGGACAAGUAUGAUGGACGCGGAGGAAAACAGCUCGUCAAGUGAUGAAGAGUCCGAUGAGGAGUUGGUCGAAAAGGCAUCCACGGGUAAGAAAGGCUGGUUUUCAACCCUAGUCCAGAGUGUAGCCGGCAAAAGCUCCCUGGAGAAGGGCGAUUUGGAGCCCGCUUUGAAGGUGCUGAAGGACGGGCUCAUGACCAAGAAUGUUGCAGAAGAGAUUGCAGAGAAACUCUGUGAAUCUGUCGCUGCCAGUCUCGUGGGCAAGAAACUCGGAUCGUUUACAAGGAUUACUUCAACUGUGCGGGCAGCAAUGGAAGAAGCACUCUUGCGCAUAUUGACCCCCAAGAGGUCUGUCGACAUACUACGGGACGUCCAAGCAGCCAAGGAACAAGGUCGACCAUUUGUGAUUGUGUUCGUCGGGGUCAAUGGUGUCGGAAAGUCAACCAAUCUAGCCAAGGUCGCAUACUGGCUCCAGCAGCAUGGAGUGAGUGUCAUGAUGGCUGCGUGUGAUACUUUCAGAUCUGGUGCUGUAGAACAACUUCGCACGCAUGCUCGUAGACUACAGAUUCCUAUCUUCGAGAGAGGGUAUGAGAAGGAUCCAGCUGUUGUCGCCAAAGAAGCCAUACGUGAAGCUUGUCGAACGAAGCAAGAUGUGGUCUUGGUUGAUACUGCUGGCCGUAUGCAGGACAACGAGCCUCUGAUGAGAGCUCUCUCCAAACUCAUCAAUGUCAAUGAACCCGACUUGGUCUUGUUUGUUGGCGAAGCUCUUGUGGGUAAUGAUGGAGUAGACCAGCUCAUGAAGUUCAAUCAGAGUCUGGCCGAUAUGGCGACAACCACUCUUCCACGUUUGAUCGAUGGAAUUCUCCUCACCAAGUUUGAUACGAUUGAUGACAAGGUUGGUGCUGCUCUUUCCAUGGUUUACAUUUCAGGAGCGCCUGUUGUGUUUGUAGGCUGCGGCCAAACAUACACGGACUUGAAAAGGCUCAACGUGAAGUCGAUAAUCAAAACUCUGUUGAACUAAAGCGUCUGUGCCAAAAACGAGUCCUACUCGUGUCAGAUCUGUUGUCGUCCCAAUAUAUCGCCUCUUGCCACUUUCUUAACUUUGGAUAUGCCCGAGUUCGACUUUUCAGCCCAAAGCAGCAGUUAUUUAGUUCUUCAUCUUCAUGUAUUACUCUUCAUUCUGUACUAUUUUGGGAUGAAUAUUCUCAAGAGUAGAUUACAUGUCUGAGAUACGUCACAUAAUUUAUUGAGCAGCGAAACUCACAUUCUCGGCCGCGAGUUAAAAGACAAAUUGUGUUGUACAAUAGUCUUAUCUGACUGAGCUUGAGCUUUGAGCCUGGGUAAAUGUGGUUGUCUCUUUUGUUUCUUGCGAUGUUCUUACCCAUCCAGUAUUGGCGAGAUUUAGCUGUUGGUGUGAAUCUCGCGUUGUCACGGUGCAGGCUGUGGUGAAAGUGAAUGUCUGAUCUUACCUGGAAGAAUUUGUUCAUUUACAAAUUCAGACAUCACAAUAGCAACAAUGAAGAAUUAUGGUAUUCACUUUCCUGGCUGAUAUAUUCAGCAUGUACAAUGAUUGAUAUGAUUAGGUUUAAUGCUACAUCUAUCUAUUCAAUAAUCUUUUACUUCAGAUCUCCAAAUACAGGGUUCGAACACGGGCAUUAGUAGCAAUAGAUACAAUAAACACAAAAAUUUGGAUUGUUUGUUGAAUUAUUUAGAUUCAUGUAAAAUAGAGAAGUUGCCUUUC